GGCAUACGGCGAAACGUUUCGCCUUGUGCUGCUGCUGCUGCUGUUCCUGUUACUGCUGGCUGCCGACUACCAACUGUCGACUGCUUCUCUUAGUCUGCCUGGCGAUUUUUCGCGCGUUUAGUUUCGACUGCAGACGAAUCUGCGCGUCGCGCCGCGAAACAAACUCGUGGAGGAUCGACAAUCAUGUCGUGAAUCUAACGAGCACUCCACCAAAAAUCGUGGAUAGCUAAGAAAGACCGAUAUCUAUCAACGCUGAGGAUGCUGAGUUUACGUGGUGAAAACGAAGAUCCAAAUUGGAUAAGAAUCGGCACAGGCAGAUGAAAUGUGAAACACGAAGUCGGCACGUUGCAGACCUGACGGGAACGAAGGCGGAAGUUAAGAAAGCUGAGGUGAGAUUCACCGCAGGGAUAGCGGCACGUCGGGAGAGCACCUGGCGCGGGCCGCCUGAGAUGACGGCCUUGCGGCAGGAUAUCACGGUAUCCCCAUAUAGAACCUUCCUCUUGAUGUCACUAAUCGGAUUAUUGCUCCAAAUCCAUUCAACGACGGGUGGUAUAUGUUGGUCGUCUAUCAGUAACGGCCGUUGUAAAGAACUUCUAUCGCAAGGUGUUACGAAAGAAAAUUGUUGCGCAUCUAACGCAGCAGCAGCGACUGCCUAUUCCGACGAAGACCUGGACAGUGGAAGUCUCUUCUUCUGGAGAGUUCUUGGUGGUGGUGUGCAGUGUCGUCCUUGUCGAGAGAGUUGCGCGGAAGUGAAGUGCGAGGAAGGAAAAAAGUGCGUGGUACGUAGAGGAAGACCGAGGUGCGUGUGCAGUCCAGAGUGUAAAGCACCGCGUGGCGGUGGGCCGGUCUGCGGAACGGACGGCAAGAGUUAUAAGAGCCUGUGUAGACUCAAAAAGCGAGCUUGCAAGAAGGGCAGUCACGAACUCGCGGUUGCCUACAACGGCCACUGUCAAAGUUCGUGCGCACGGGUCCGGUGCGGCCAAGGUCGGAGCUGUCUGCUGGACCAGAACCUAAGCCCUCAUUGUGUGAGGUGCGCCCGCAGGUGCCCCCAAGCACUCCCGCACCAGGUCGUCGGCGCACGUCCCGUCUGCGGAGCCGACGGAAACACCUACAAAAGUGCCUGCCACCUGCGACUCGCCGCCUGCCGCGCGGGUCGCGCUAUUCCCGUCGCUUAUAAGGGUCAUUGCAAACAAAUCGCAGACUGUACUAAGAUACGCUGUCGAGAAGGCCAAACUUGUUUAUCCGAAAUGAAGUCUGGACGACCACGUUGCGUGACCUGUACCUAUCGUUGUCCCCGGAAACGGGAGCGCGCCCGGACUAGGGCGCAUCGUGAUAGAGGUCGAGAUCGAGAUCGAGAUCAGGACCGGGAUCGGGAUCGAGAUCCUUCAACAACUAUGUUAUGUGCGACAAACAACAUCACCUACCCCAGCUGGUGUCACAUUAUCAAGGACGCCUGUAUUACUGGCUUCGUUCUUGAAACACGGCACGCGGGUCCCUGUAACGCUUACGACACGGCCCCUCUUUAUAUCGAGGAGGACGACGCUUCGAGCAACUACGGGGUUGAUCUGGCGGAUGAAGAUACAAAAGUGAGUCAUGCGUACGCCAAAUCUCCUUAUGGCCUCCAUUCCAUACCAUUCUCGUACUUGAAGAUGCAUUUAUUGACAUCUUGUACGGCGACACUGAUAUCUCUUCUAGUAUCGUGUAAUACAUGGGCGGUAGCGGAUAACUUUGCGAAAACUGAACAUUCCAACAAUUGGGCAGUAUUGGUCGAUACGUCGCGUUUCUGGUUCAACUAUCGACACGUUGCAAAUGUUUUAUCUAUUUACCGAAGUGUCAAACGUUUAGGAAUACCAGAUUCACAAAUUAUUCUUAUGAUAGCCGACGAUAUGGCGUGCAAUCCUAGGAAUCCUAGACCAGCGACUGUUUUCAACAACAUUAAGCAGCAUAUCAAUGUUUAUGGCGACGAUGUGGAAGUCGACUAUAGAGGGUACGAAGUGACGGUGGAAAAUUUUGUUCGACUGCUGACUGGACGCUUAGCUCAGGAAACUCCAAGAUCAAAAAAGCUAUUAACGGACGAAGGUUCAAACAUCUUAAUUUAUUUAACUGGCCAUGGUGGUAAUGGAUUUUUAAAGUUCCAAGAUUCUGAAGAAAUCACUAGUCAAGAGUUGGGGGAUGCGUUGGAGCAAAUGUGGCAAAAACGAAGAUACCAUGAAAUUUUAUUCGUGGUUGACACUUGUCAAGCGAGUUCGAUGUACGAGAAAUUUUAUUCUCCAAACAUAUUGGCGGUCGCUUCUAGCUUAGUAGGAGAAGAUUCACUUUCUCAUCAUGUGGAUCCUGCCAUUGGUGUUUACAUUAUAGAUCGAUACACUUAUUAUGCGUUAAACUUCUUGGAAAAAGUCGAACCAUCUAGUACUAAAACAUUGGGUGAAUUUUUGAAAGUAUGUCCAAGAGAUUAUUGUCUAUCUACAGUGGGUGUAAGAAGAGAUUUGUUUAGAAGAGAUCCAGAUAAAGUACCAGUAACAGAUUUUUUUGGCUCACUUAGGCCUGUAGAACUUACUGCGAACAUAAUGAAUAUUUUACCUGUUAAAUCUAAUCGUACAAAAACUCAAGAAUCUGAAAACAAGUAUAAUUAUGUUGCACAAUUUCCCCAAGUAUCUCAGUAUACAUGAGUAAAAAGAAUAAACGAAAUGUUUCUUGUGCAUAAAUACAUUUAGUGUAAUUUUAA